CUUCUGCUGGACCGAAAAAGCGAACGGGGAGAACGAGUAAGAGGCGCGAUCGAGGGAGCAAGGCAAGCAGGGCGCCGAUCUGGGCCCGCCCCAGCCCGCGCCCUUCGCCAGGCCAGCAGCGGUUCACUGCUUUAACUGAGAUGGACAUGAUAUAACCUCCAUUGAGUCAAAGGAUGGCGUCUAGUCCUGUGCUUCCCACCGAGGAUGAACAGGCUUCCUUGGGCAUCGAUGGUCGCCAUAUUACACUGCAAGCUGAGCAGGAAGACACUCAGAAGAAAACCUUUACCUGCUGGAUAAACUCACAGUUGGCAAAGCACACGCCUCCGUCGGUUGUAUCAGACCUCUUUGCGGACAUUAAAAAGGGGCAUGUCCUCCUGGACCUUCUAGAAGUACUUUCAGGACAACAGCUGCCUCGAGACAAAGGAUCUAAUACAUUUCAGUGUAGAAUCAAUAUAGAACAUGCCCUCACAUUCCUAAAAAACCGAUCAAUCAAGCUAAUAAAUAUUCAUGUUACUGAUAUUAUAGAUGGAAACCCAUCCAUUAUUCUUGGCCUGAUUUGGACAAUUAUACUGCACUUUCACAUCGAAGAGCUUGCCCGGACUCUUUCUUGCAAUUACAAUCAACCUUCCCUGGACAGUGUGAGUGUGGCUGACUCAUCUCCUACCUCAAGUCCUCCAGCUAAGAAAUGCUCCAAAGUCCAAGAAAGAUGGCAAAUGUCUGCAAAGAAGGCUCUUCUCUUGUGGGCUCAGGAGCAGUGUGCCCCGUGUGAGUCUGUCAGCGUGACAGAUUUUAAGUCAAGCUGGAGAAAUGGGAUGGCUUUCCUGGCCAUCAUUCACGCCUUGCGACCAGACCUAAUUGACAUGAAGACAGUGAAGCACAGAUCCAACAAAGACAAUCUGAAAGAGGCCUUUGGAAUUGCCGAGCGGGAAUUUAAAAUCCCCAAAUUGCUAGAACCAGAAGGUAAAGAGGCUUCUUUCUUUUUAAAACACUGUCCGGUGUGAAGUUGGCUGGGAAAUAUCAUCCCUACAUAAAUAAACAUAACGGUGCUAUCUCCCUAGAGGGUUUAAUAACUUAAACUCUUUAUUAAAUUUCAUGACACCAAGAAUUCCUACCAAUUCAUUAACUUCAGUAAUUGCAGGGAUGACAUGACCGCUGAAAGCAAGCA